UGAAAUUGUUGUUCUUAAGCAUGAAGGAACACUCCAUCUCCACCACUACACUGCAUCUUCUUCACUAUUCAGAAUCUCUUCUCUCUUUUUUCCAACCUUCACUCUCGUUUGGUCGUGUUUCACCAAGAAAAAAAAAACCAUGUCUUUCUCGCAUUCACCUUCAAAGUCUCAAACUCAGAAUUCUCAAAGCCCUACUGUGAUUCCCCUAACAUGUCCUCCACACCUCGUCAAACGAAUGCAGCAAGAAAUAUGCUUCAUUUGUGACCAACUUGGACAUUGGUCUUGGUACUGUCCUUUCAAAUCCCCCAAUUCUAAACACGUUUCACCCUCUGCCAACCAAGCUUCCCCAGUUUCCUCCAACGCUGUACAGUGCAGUUGCGGCCAUGGCGCAUGCGAAAUCAAAACCUCACGCAGUGGGAGGAACUUCUAUACCUGCCCCAUCAAAAGUGGGGUAAAAUGUAAGGACUUUGUUAAGUGGUGCGAUGAACCUGUUGCGGAGAGUGAUUUCCAGCCUCCGAUGAUCAAGUAUCCCGAGUGUGCGUGUAAGGCUGGAGUUUGUAGAAGGGUGAAGGAUAAAGAUACAGAUGGGGUUUUUAAGUACUAUUUUACUUGCCCUGUUAAGCAGGGUCAUGGAUCUUGUGGAUACCGUGUGUGGGAGGAUGAGAUUAAAGUGGUUGAUGGAAAAACCAUUGUUCCUACCCAGCGAAGCAGGCAAAGGAGUCUUCAUGAGUUUUGGGAGGGAUGCCAAAAUGAUGAAACUGAUGAUGAGCUGGGAAGUGAACUCAGUAAAAGGAUGAAAGUUACAGACUAUUCUGAGGAUUCCUUAGCUGUGCCUGAUAUUCCAGCACUAACUGUAGCAAAUUCGAAUCGCAAUGGUUUUCCAGAUUUCAUGGCUGAUGAUGAUGAAUUCGAGUUUAUAAGCCCUGUAUCGUGGGAGACUGUUGAGGAAGAAGCAUUUCUAUCAUUAUCUCAACUAUCAACACCUUCAAGGAUCCGUUGGCGACAAAUUAUGUUUCAGAUGCGCAUUUCCUCUGAUGCUUCAUUUGGUUCUUGUAGAAUGGGUUGGCUUGGCCGUCUUCUUUUCUUCCAUCCAGCUCAAAGUUUGAAUCUCCCCACACCUAAGCCAUUUUUCUGUUGCAUUUUCCCAUCCUUUAAUCCAAUAAUUGUCCCUAAACAGAGGAAUGUUUCUGAUGCUCCUUGCAACAAGCUUGGUCCUUGCAACAAGCUUGCUAUAAAAGGACUUGGUCAUACUGAGGUUUCUGGACAUGUAGUUAAAUCACAAGAUGGUGAAAGAAAGUCAAAGGCAUCAAGGCAUAGAGAAGUGAUCUUGUUCACACAGCAACAACUUCUAGCUGAUCUGGAAACCUUGGCUCCUCAUGAGCAUGAGUCCAUGAAAGAGGCAGCAGAGACCACUUUUGCAAUAUUAAAUGUUUUGCAGGUUGACUGCAAAAAGUUUUCGGAUCAUGUCUUGGACUAUAUCAAUUUUGCAUCAUCAAUUGCAGAAAUAGAUAAAUCCAAGGAAAAUUUCCUUACUAUGGAGGAUCUCAACAAACUCUUCGAGGAGGAGAAAAUGAGAUUAGCCCAACUCCAAGAUGACCAUGUCAAGACCAAAGCUUUGCUUGAAGCAUCAAAAAGACACAGACAAUUGCUAUGUGAACAGGUCUCUCAUCUCGAGGCCAUGCUCAAUGAAAAGCAAAAUCAAUUAAAGUUUUGUGAGUUGGAGACCUUAAAGAUUGAAACUUGCCUUGUUGAUUUGGAAAGAAAUAUAUUGGUCACUGACAUAACGCUGAAGGAAAGAGCUGAGCAAACAAAAGUGGCAAAGAAACAAAGUGAAGAAAGACAGACAAAGCAAAUUGCAGCUCAGGAAGCACUGCAGAAGGCAAAACUUGAAUUGGAAAAUUGGUAACUCAGAAUUUAAGUGAAUGUAAUGUAACACACCUUUUGUAAACAGUGCAUAUUUAAGCUCAUUCUUCUUCUUCCGGAGCUGUGGAGGUUAUGAUCAGAUGUUAUCAUUGCAUGCUUUUUGCUUCUAACACUGACAGUGUAAUGCUUACUUUAAUGUAUAUAUUUGUUUAGGCGAGUUCAUACUCUUGCUUUUUGGUA